AUGUAUAGCUCCUCACAAAUGUUUAUGAAAAGGAAACUGUGUGCUCAAUGUCUUUAAGAACAUGAAAUCGAUGUCAAACAUGCAGUUCCAAUUAAUAUAUUUAAAAAAAUGGUUUUGAAUAAAUUAAAAGAAUAUAAGCUUGAUGAGACAUCUGAAUUAAACAAAUAAAGAAUGAAUUUUAAAUCUAUGCUUUCUCAAACAGAAAGUAUUCUGAAAAAAAUUUGGGAAAAAUUAUAAGAAUCAAUUAAAUAAAUUUAUGAUAUGAUUGAGAUGUAAAAUAAAUUAUAUUUGAAUAUCAUAAAUGAAAAUACUNUAAAUUGGUUAUCAAGGAACUUUAUGUUUUUGGAAUAACACUUAAAUAUGCUAACCAUUAACAUCAUGCUCAUAACUAUAAUAAUCUUAAUGCACAUAAUGGAAAAAUACUUGUUUCUGAUCCCAUAAGUAUAAAUUGAAAAUGAAUUUCUUCGAGUAGCGUUUAAUAUAAAUAUAGAAGGAAUAUAACUAUUUAAUGUUUAAGAACCACUUAAUAUAUAUGUCUUCGUAAAUGUUUAUAAUAUUUUAGAUUUAAUAAACAGGAAUCAAUCCUCUUUUUGA